UAGUCCUCCGCGCCGGGCUCGGGGACGCCGCGCUGCGGAAGCCGGGCGCCCGGGCGCCCCGCGUCAGACCUGCAACCGCCCCAGCUGUGCCCAAUCGCUCCCCCUUGCCACAUGAGUCCAAGUCAUGACGGACGCCCAGUAUGUCCUGUGCAGAUGGGAGAAGCGACUGUGGCCUGCCAAGGUGUUGGCCAGAACUGAGACGUCGACAAAAAAUAAAAGAAAAAAGGAGUUUUUUCUAAGUGUUCAAAUACUGUCCCUAGAUGAAAAAAUUGAGGUGAGAAGCACAGACGUGGAAACCCUGAAGACGGCCCACAUCGAACGGAUCGCCUCCUCCCUGGCCUCCGAGAAUGAGGUUCGUGCUGAGCCCCUAGAGGAGCUGGCCUACAGACGCUCGCUUCGAGUGGCUCUGGAUGUUUUGAACCAGAGAAGCAGUUUGCCUCAAGAAACCUCUUCAGGGGAAGAAAGAACUGCUCUGUCCUCAGGAGAGAAGCCUAUGGAACUGGCCUCCUCGCUCUGUGACCCCAGCUCUUCUGGUCUCCGGGAAGACGUGCCGAGCAGUUGUGGACCCCCGAGGAGGGAGCGUGUACGCCCGAGGCUGUCGGGCUCACCCGCUUGUAGAAAGGACCCCAAGUGCAAAGUGGACCACAGGAAGGCGCUCGGGAAAAACGAAAGCCCACAAGCCUUGGUGGUCCAUUCAGCCAGAGGUGGUUCUCAGGAUGGCAGUGGAUCGAGAAUGUGCCGCAGAAGGCGGACAGCCCCAAGCAAAAGGGGAAGACGUUUAGCACAGGAGCCUAGCUGGUGUCAGAGAGAACUUUCGCUCUCGGAGGGAGACAGUGAAACAGAGAGCAGCCCGGCAGCCCCCAGGUCACCUCCCUGCGUUAGGGAGGAGGGUCUGUGGGCCGAAGGGCGAGACCCGGGUUUGCCUUUGAGUGGCCCCACUGUGCUCCCCACCCCGGGGCGCCCCACCUGCCCAGAUGCCCGAGGCCGCCCUGCCAAGCGGCUGUGCCCGGAUGGCAGCCAGAGGCCUCCCGCCACGCAGCUGGGGCCGGGGGCGGCGCCCAGGCAGGGGCCCGGGGGGGGCAUGACUCUGCGCAGUGCUGCCAAACGCAGCCUGCCCGCUCCCCGCGCUUCCACGGAGGAGACCAGGAAUCUUCGCUUCCUGCUGGAGGAAGGUGAAGACCGUCAGUCUUCAGGGGAGUCAGUGGACUUCAAUCCCAUUCGUCCCACCCUGGAGGAAGACGAGGACGACGAGGAGCCGCCCAGAAUCCUUUUCUAUCACGAACCACGCUCGUUUGAAGUAGGAAUGCUGGUCUGGCUUAAACACCAGAAAUACCCCUUCUGGCCCGCAGUGGUCAAGAGCGUCCGGCGAAGAGAGAAGAAAGCCAGUGUGCUCUUUAUUGAGGGGCACAUGGAUCCGAAAGGGAGAGGCAUCACAGUGUCUCUCAGAAGAUUGAAGCACUUUGAUUGCAAAGAGAAGCAGGCCCUCCUGAACGAAGCCAAGGUGGACUUCGACCAGGCCAUCGGCUGGUGCGUCUCCCUGAUCACUGACUACAGGGUCCGGCUGGGCUGUGGCUCCUUUGCUGGCUCUUUCCUGGAAUAUUACGCCGCCGAUAUAAGUUAUCCUGUCCGCAAGUCCAUCCAGCAGGACGUCUUGGGGACCAGGUUCCCACAGCUGAGCAAGGGAGACCCCGAGGAGCCUGUGGUGGGGAGCCCCCAGGGGAGGAGGCGUCCCUACAGGAAGGUGCUCCCUGACCGGUCCCGGGCUGCCCGGGACCGGGCCAACCAGAAGCUGGUGGAGUACAUCGUGAAAGCGAGGGGCGCCGAGGGCCACCUGCGGGCCAUCCUGAAGAACAGGAAGCCGUCACGGUGGCUGAAGACGUUUCUGAAUUCGGGACAGUACCUGACGUGCAUGGAGACGUACCUGGAGGACGAGGAGCAGCUGGACCUGGUGGUGAAGUACUUACAGGGGGUCUACCAGGAGACAGGCAGCAGGACGCUGGCGCGGAUCAAUGGCGACAGGGUCCGUUUUAUCCUCGAUGUUCUUCUGCCUGAAGCCAUCAUCUGCGCGAUUGCGGCUGUGGAUGCCGUGGAUUACAAGACAGCCGAGGAGAAGUACCUCAAGGGACCGUCCCUCAGCUACCGGGAAAAAGAAAUAUUUGAUAACCAACUCCUAGAAGAAAGGAGUCAGCGGUGCUGACGCUGGAGGGGCCGCCGCGGCUUCCGCGGCUGGGGCGCGAGCGGGUCUGCAGGGCCGGGGCCCAGAGUGUGCUCGCUGCUCUUCCGUGGGUGCGCUUUUCCUGGCUUUUUUGGAAGGUAUGGUUCCUGAAAGGUUUUUGAAACAAAAAUGUGUUUUAUUUUACUGCAUAUCGUUACUUGUGACUGUACUGGAUUAAUAUGAGGUGCACAUUUGGGUUUUUUUAUGUUAAAAAGCACUGUAUCCAACAUUAAACAGGAGUUUUAAGAAAGAGCCUGACGUGAA